CUAAAGUGACCGUUUACUUAUUUAUUUUUAACAUUUAACUCGCCUUUUGUAAAUAUUGUGACCGUUUGGAUCGCCAAGUGGAACGUAGCCAUAGUUAAUCUCUAUUUGUCUCUACUACUCUAUUCUCUAUUCAAUAUAUCACCAUACCUACGCAAUCCAGAAGAAGUUGUUGCCUGUGAAGGAUGCCUUCUGCAGCGAAUGCAAAGUCUGAAAAACCAGCUUCUUCGGAAGCAUCGGAUAACUCACCAAUCCGACAAGUUAUAACCAUUAUUGAGCACAAAAUUCGCAAUUUGGAAAAGCGAAAGAGCAAGUUGACAUCGUACCGGGACCUGCAAAAAGCUGGUAAAGAACUUAAUGGAGACCAGAGAGUAGCAGUAGCGAAGUACGAUGAAGUUGCCCAAACAUUGGAGUUUGCUCGUGACCUCUUCAAACAAAUAACUACUGUAGCCACAGUAGCAGAACGUGAGGCCAAGAAGCAAGCCAAAAAGGAUGCAUGGGUCCGCUACACAGCGGAAACUAAUAAAAUACGUGAAGUACUGCUUGUCAUGGAUUGUCUCAUGCAAAUGGGAAACUCUGAGGCGAGGGAGGACUUUCUAAAUGGAACUAAUGGAGCAGCCAAACUUACAGAAGAAGAUUUGAAAAUUUUGGAUGACUUGUACCCAGAAGUGACCCCCAAACAUGAAGUUAACGAAGAUGGCCAACCUGGAUUUUAUUCUUACACAAUCAAAGCGGCAGAACAUUUGUAUGCAAUCAUUGAUGGAAAACCAAAGGAUUUUUUGGGCACAACCUACGCUCACAUCAAGGAAAUCAUAAACACAGUUUAUGAUUGUGGUUAUUUUGAUAAAUCUGCUGAAGUGAUGGUGGCCGCCGCGCCCGAGGAGUGUCAGGUGGUGCCGGAGCCCGAGGAGCCGGAGCCAUCUCCCGAGCCGGAGGAGCUGGAGCCGCCCCCCGUGUACGCGGCCCCAGCGCCGCUGCCCGCACCCCCAGCCCCCGCCGCCGUGCCCGCGCCCGCCUACCCCUUGCGGGCGCUGCCCCCCAUCACGCUGCAGGAGGUCGAGCACGCGUACUUUGCACAACAGUACCCGCAGCAGAGACCCAUCUCGGAAGUAAUCGGAUCGCAAAACUUCUUCUUCCUCCAGGAGUCGGAAAUAGACAGCCCCGUCGGUACGCCACAACCCCCUCCGAUAAUGAACCAGCAGGGCUCCCCGGCGCCCAUCCCCACGCAGACGUUCACCAACCAACACUACGUGCUGCCCGGCGGCCGCGUGCCCGAGCCGGGCGCGAUACCGAUGCCGCCGCAGCCCCACUUCCCCCCGCACCCGGACCAGAUGGCGUACCAGGCGGUGCCCAUGCCCGCGCCCAUGCACCAGAUGCCCGCCCACCCGCCCAUGCAGCCCAUGCCGCAUCAGAUCCACAUCGAACAACAGAUCCCGAUUCAGUCUGAGAGAGAAGAGAGAAAACUUUCCACUCCCGUCGAAGAUCAAAUCGAGGAAGAUUCUAAAGAUAGCAGAAGCCCCGAGCGGGACGACGGUGAUCGGAAAGCUCAAGGCCAGGGCGACGGACAGAACAGGUUCAGGAGAUUCCGCGGCGGAGGCCGGGGGCCGUCGAACGGGUUCCGCGGCCGCGGCUUCCAGAACAGACAGAACGACAACUACCACGGACGGCACGGCGAGUACCAGAGCAGGCCGAAGGACGGAUACCGACAGUACGGCGACAACUAUCAGAGCAGACACAAGGACGGCUACCAGAACAGAAGCAGCAACGACACGUACUACGGCAACGGCGACGCGGACUCGCACCACAACGAGAACGGCGGGCGCGAGCGUUACAACGACAACUCGGGCUACCAGGGCGGGUUCAAGGGCCGCGGCAGAGGAGGCCCGCGCGGAGGCCCCCGCGGCGCGCCGCGGCCCCCGCGCCAGUACGCCCGCAAGCCCGACAACGUGGAGUAGCUCGCCCCAGUCGCACGCGAGGACUAAAUCAUUCGUGGAAGGCAAAUUUCACCGGCAACAACGCGCUGUGGUAACAACAAACAAGAGAUUAAAUGGUAUAUAAAAAAUAAAUUAAACAAAAUGAAAAAAAAAAAGUAAAAUAAUAAAACAUGAAACUGAAUAAAAAAUAAGUUACUUGAAUUUAGAUGUAUGAUAUAUGCGAUUAUUGUAAGUUACGUUAAUUCUAGAUUCUUGUAUAGUAUGAGUCACGCGUACGUGACUGAGGCGUCGCGGCGACGCCUCGUCUUCGUGAUAAUUUAAGUACAGGAGGAGUGCACACCGACCGCUCGCCCUCUGAUGGAGACUCUACAAAUCUCAAUACAUUACAAUUUGUUUCAAAAAGAGAAUUUUUAGUUUAAAAAAAAUUGUAUUAUACGUAUUCAACUCGAUGGUUUUUUUUUGUGUUUGACUAAAGUACUGAAUAGUUUGUAAAGUUGUGCUGGAGUUUUACAUAAUUUUGCUACACUUCGCUAUGCUGAUUUUUGAGAUUUUUUCAUUUUUAAUUGAUUUCCAUAUUGUCAACAAUAAUAAUUAAUUAAUAAUGUACUCAGCGACUUGAGCGAUACAUGAGAUACGUACAAAUUAAAGGUAACCUGUCGCUGUAAUGUGAUUGUUAUUUUAUUCCAAGCUUCUCUCUAUUUGUUCACUUUGUUCUCAAGGCUGGAGAGCUGCUGGAAAUUGGCGGUUUGAAUGUGACACCAAUGAUGUUAAAUACUGUUAGAUGUGUUACUGGGUCAUCAAGUGGAAAUUUCCACAUCUAAAUGUUAGUUGUGGUCAACAUCAACAACGAACGUUAUUUUAACAAAUAAUACCUAAAUGUCGUCUGCAAUGUCGAGUUGUGUGUUCAGGAAGUGUAAAAACUAUAUAUACAUAAAUAUAUAAUGGAAUUAAAAACAAAAUUGUGCAUGUGUGGGCUCAGUUAUCACUUUUUGUGGUGGUUUUGUGGGGACGUAACCGACCUAUAGUAUAAAACUAUCAUUGUGUGACACUGAGUUUGUGAUGUGGUUCUUCUAUGUUAUUUGAGAAUGGCAAACUUUUUAUAAAUAUUAAAUGUUAGUUAAGUUCUCAAGGUUUUCUUGUGCUAUUGAAAAUAGAUUUGAAUUAAAAAAAAAUUUGGAAAGAUAUGUUGGGAAUAAAUUCAGCAAUAUUGUUUUAGUCCUACUUUUAAACUUUUUAAUUUUCGAUAACCGAUCCUGUCAAGGACCGGGUGGGUGAGACCUUUUUCUAGGUUAGUCGUUCCAUAUUCAAGAAACAUUGAAAAUCCAAAUCACAAACUAUGUUUGAAUAUUCCUUUUACCAUCAUCUCUCGAGCCAUCAAUAGAGGCUGUGUGCAAAAAAAUUAAAAGUAUUCUAUGAUGAUAAA